CUUUGAAUGUGUGUGGUCCCUGCUCAAUCCAAUACAGCUCCUCAGAUAACACAAAUCCCACAAAUGUUUUGGGAUAUAUCUAGAACAUGAUUUACAUGUGUUAGAUUUGCAUGGUCCCAUCCAUGCUUGAAAUACUUGUCCAGUCAGUGAGAGUCACAGCCACGAUGAAGCUGGACGUGUUUUUCAAUGCCAGCAAUGCCAGCAUGCCUAAAAACUGUGACAAAGUGGAUUUAGUGGACCGGUUCAUGUACCCGACUGCAUAUUCAGUGUUCUUUAUCAUAGGAUUUCCAGCCAACUGCCUCUCCUUUUAUGUUGCCUACCAACUGAUGCAAAAGGGCAACACCAUAGCAGUGUACCUGGUCAACUUGUCUGUGUCUGACCUCCUGUACACCAUCACGCUGCCCGUGUGGAUUGAGCUGUCCCUUGGAUGGCCAGUGGACAGCACGCUCUGUAGCCUGAUCACGCUGAUUAUGUACAACAGCUUCUAUGUGGGAACCGGGCUGCUGUGCUGCAUCUCAGUGGACCGUUACCUGGCCGUGUUCUACCCUCUCCAUUUCCUGUGGGUGAGGGAGUUGCGCACGGCCACGCUGGUAAGUGCCGUGGUGUGGGUAGCUGAGUUCUUGGUGCAUGCCAGCCUCCUGGCCCACUCCGGUGCCCUGGAGUCCUUCUCUGCCUUACGUCUGUGCGAGGAGAGGAUGCCCAUGCAUCCUGCGGAUGCCAUUGUGGCAAUCGUUCGAGCAACGCUUGGGUUCCUUCUGCCUUUGCUCUUGAUGAUCUUCUGCUUCUGUCAGAUCAUGAGAGCCCUCAACAACAGUGCCUCACUGGAGAACGACGAACGCAGUAAGAUCCGGAACCUGCUGCUCCUUUUGCUCAUCACCUACAUGGUGGCGUUCACCCCAUAUCAGCUCGUCAUGGUCUUGCGCGCAGGGCUGGAGCCGGUAGGAAACUGUGGCUAUGCCACCCUCCUCAGAGACUACUACAUGGUGUUUGUCGCCACCACCACAAUUAACAGCGUGGCAGACCCCAUAAUCUACUGCCUUAUGAGCCAGAGCGCCAAGACAGAACUGAAAGCCAUGCUGAGGACUGGAAGGGUGACACUGAGGAAGCUCCAAACAAAAGACACGUCCGAUGCCUCUGUUGCAUAACUGCUCUGCCAAAGUAGUUUCACUGAAAGGGAACACUGUCAUUUUUGAUUGGAUUGUUUAUCUGUGCAUUUGUAUGUCUUAUAAUAAUACAUGUAAAUUGUGAGAUACUAAAUUAAUGAACCACUAAACUAUAAGCAACAGACAUGGAAUUGUCCUGAUCAGUUUCCUUUGUUUAUAAUGGACUUAUUCUUGGGUUACCACUGCUAUGUAAGGUUACACUUUACUUGAAGGUAUCUACAUAAGAGUGACAUUAGAGUCAUGAACGUGUCACAAACAUUAUCAACAAGUCAUAAACAUUUAUGACAUAGGCCUAACGCUUCUGUCAUUAAGUGUCAUUCGGUUUUUGUCAUGACAAGUUGGGUUUAGGGUUAGAGUAAGGUUUAGGGUUA